AAAAUGGCGGCUACGUUGAAUGAUUUUCUGUCGGAAGCAGUAAAUAUAAUUGAGUCUUCGGUAAGAGUUGUUUCAACUAAUCCAGAUAGUAUUGAGACAUUAGAGGCACACGUCAACAUUCUGUCAGCAUUACAAACCAAUAUACGACGUGUUUCUACAAGAUUCAACGAUGUUGACCGGCUGUCUGUCAUUAUUCUGGACAUCAUUCGAUCCCUUGAAAAGCAGAAAAGGACACUACAUCCAGAAGUGGGUUUCUUCACUCCAACACAACCUAGUGCAGGUGGCAGACCUUUGUAUGUUAUAUCCCGUGACCAGCUUGAGUACCUUAGAGAUAAUGGUUUUACAACUACACAGAUGGCUGACAUGCUUCAUGUUUCACAGUCUUCAGUCAAGAGACGAUUAAGGCUGUAUGGUCUAAACAUCAGACAAAGAUACUCAACUAUCACAGAUGAGCAGUUAGAUGAAAGGGUCACACAGAUUACUCGAGACAACAAUGCUCUUGGACAGAGAAUGGUGCAAGGCAUGCUGCGAGCUGAGGGAACCCAUGUUCAGCGGCAUCGCAUAGCUGAAAGUUUGAUCAGGGUCAAUGACGUUGCAGUUGCUAUGAGGUGGUGCACAUCAAUACGGCGACGAGUGUAUCAAGUUUCAGGCCCAAAUGCAUUAUGGCAUAUUGAUGGAAAUCACAAACUUAUUAGAUGGGGUUUUGUGAUUCACGGAGGUAUAGAUGGUUAUUCAAGAGUUGUCACAUUCCUUAAAGUUGCCUUGAACAACAGAUCAGAAACAAUGCAACAAGCCUUCUUUAGUGGUACAGAUGCAUAUGGUGUGCCAUCACGAUUGCGGUCCGAUCAUGGUUUGGAGAAUGUGGGUGUAGGUGCCUUCAUGAUUGCUCAUAGAGGAGCUAAUAGAGGUUCAUUUAUCUCAGGACGGAGCGUUCACAAUCAGCGUAUUGAAAGGUUAUGGAGAGACUUGUUUCAGUCAUGUACAACUGUGUACAUCGUUUGUUCCAUCACUUAGAAAGCACUCAACA